UUGUCGCAGGGAAAGGAGACAUGAACUCAUCAGCAGGCGCAGGUAACUACAGAAGAGGCUCGGUCAAAGGAGAGAAGGAGCUGGUGGGGAGCAGUCCACCCCAGAGGAACUGGAAGGGGAUCGCCAUCGCCCUGCUGGUCAUCCUCUUCAUCUGCUCGCUCAUCGUCACCUCGGUCAUCCUGCUGACCCCAAAUGUGGAUGACAGCCUGGCACUGAAAAAGAAGAUAAGCGUGGACCACGUCUUCAGCAAAGACCUUGAAAUCCACGAUCCCAAGGCCACGUGGCUUACCGACACUGAGGUGCUGUACCGCACGCGAUCUGGGGACCUGGUCAAGCUCAACGUGGAGACCAACAGGACAGACGUGCUGGUGGAGAGCAGCAUGUUUAAGAGACAUUCAGCAAGCCAGUACGUGGUGUCCCCUGACCUGACAUAUGUGUUGCUGGCCUUGAACAUCGAGCCUAUCUAUCAGCACUCCCAUAAGGCUGACUACAUCAUCUGUAGCCUGUCCACUCCAGACGUCCACCCACUGAACCCAUCUGAGGUGCGCAGCAGCAAGCUGCAGUACGCAGGGUGGGGGCCCAGGGGCCAGCAGCUGAUUUUCAUCUUUGAGAACAACAUCUACUAUCGAGCGGCGGUGAACGACAGAACCAUCCGCCUGGUGUCCACUGGACAGGAGGGGGUGGUGUUCAACGGUCUGAGCGACUGGCUGUAUGAAGAGGAGGUCUUCCAGACUCACAUUGCCCACUGGUGGUCUCCUGAUGGACACAGGCUGGCGUAUGCCACCAUCAACGACACGCUGGUGCCCAAGAUGGAGAUGCCCAUGUUCACAGGCAAUCCAUACCCUGUGUCACAGGAGUAUCGCUACCCCAAGGCUGGGGAGGAGAACCCCACCGUCCAGCUGUUCGUGGUCAGUCUGAACGGGCCCCCUCACACUGUGGAGAUGAAGAAGCCGGAGGACCCCCGCAUCGGAGGGGAGUACUACAUCACUAUGGUGAGGUGGGCAACGAGCACCAAGCUGGCGGUCAACUGGCUGAACAGAGCCCAGAACAACUCCAUCCUCACCCUGUGUGAAGCCACCACAGGCAUCUGCACCAAGAAACACGAGGACGAGAGCAUGAGCUGGCUGCAUCGACAGAACGAAGCGCCGCUGUUUUCUGAAGAUGGCCUCAAGUUCUUCUUCACCCGAGCGCAGGGGGGUGGAGGCAACUUUUUCCACAUCACCAUGUCCUCUUCUCAGCCCAAUAGCAGCAUAGACACCCUGCAGUCGGUGACGUCGGGGAACUGGGACGUCACUCAGAUCCUGGCCUACAGCAAGGACAGACAGCUCAUAUACUUCCUGCGCACUGAGGAGGAUGAUCCAAGUCGAAGACACCUUUAUAGUGCAGACACGUUCGCACCUUUCAACCGCCGCUGCCUGUCCUGCGAUCUCAAGUGUGGCUACGUGAGCGGCUCCUUCAGCCCCGAUACUCAGUACUUCCUGCUCAACUGCAAAGGACCUGGGGUGCCCUACACGGCAGUGUACAGCGUGAGAGAUGGACAGUUUCAGAGGUUGCUUGACGUGGAGACCAACGAGGCUUUGAACAGCACGGUCAACAACAUGCAGAUGCCCAAACUGGAGUACAAGAACAUCACAAUAGACGGUCACACCCUCCCUGUGCAGAUCCUGAAGCCGGCUACGUUUCUAGACACCGCGCUCUAUCCUUUACUGCUGGUUGUCGACGGCACUCCCGGGAGUCAGCAGGUGUCGGAGCAGUUCCACGUGGACUGGACCUCGGUGCUGGUCAGCACCUUCAACACCAUCAUCAUGCGCUUCGACGGGCGCGGCAGCGGCUUCCGCGGCACCGACUUCCUGCACACGGUGCAGCGCCGGCUGGGCGUCCUGGAGAAGAGUGACCAGCUGGAGGCCCUCAGCAUCAUUGCUAAAGAGAGCUACAUUGACAAGAGCCGGAUGGGAGUGUAUGGACAGGUGUACGGAGGGUUCGUGGCCAGCCUGCUGCUGAGCUCCGAGUUGUCCGAGCUGAAGUGUGGAGCGGCCGUCUCACCCAUCACCGACUUCAACUUAUACGCCUCCGCGUUCUCCGAGAGGUACCUGGGCCUGAAGAAGACCAACCCGCGAGCGUACGAGAUGGCCAGUUUAGAACACAGAACAGAGACGUUUCAGGAUAAGAAGUAUCUGCUGAUCCAUCCGACAGCGGACGAGAAAGUCCAUUUCCAGCACACAGCCAAAUUCAUCACCCAGCUAGUGGAGCAGCAGGCUAAUUACACCCUCCAGAUCUACCCUGACGAGGGCCACUACCUGCACAGUCCAACCUUCAAGCAGCACCUGAGCCAGUCGCUGGUCAACUUCUUCGAGGAGUGUUUCCGGCCGCCAGAAAUCCUCAUCGAGGAGGAGAUGGAACAGGACAACGAGGACGACGUCUAAAAGAAGGACCUCCCCUGUCACCGCCACCACCCCACCUCCAACACAACCCCCUCCAUCCCCCCUCCAACAGCACACCCCCAACCCCACCCUCCAGUAUGCAGUACCCAAGCCCUCCAUCUCCCCUCCCCUCCCCUGCCCCUCAUCACCGCCCCAGCACACUCAUACAUGGAUGGGGGCCUCCCUCAGCAUCUGCAUGCAUUGACACAACACUAAGUCCUCUUUUGGUGGCGGUGGUGCAGUAGCAGUGGGGAUGGUGGCCUGAGAGGGGCAAAAGAGAUUAUCUGCUAUACUCUCUGUAUUGUUUCCCCCACACCCCCCAUUUCUCAAUCCCCAUCUCAAAAACCCGUUUGAUAUGCUGGGCACAGAGCGCCCUCUGGUGGGCAGUGGUGGAAGUGGACAGGAUGGAACACACCGAGGGAUUGCCAGGGGGAUUUUUAUGAUUCUCUUCAAGGACACUGUAGCACACAAAACCCUGUCAUGCUCAAAAAGACUGCAUCCAGUAUCCAGGGACUUCAUCCUGGCAUCCAUCUCCUCCCAUUUGUUUCUGCCGUAAACCUUGUGGUCGUCUGAUGGUGCCGACAUGACAAGAAACCUUCAAGCUUCAUUCCAGUCCUGUCCUUUUAUUAUUGAAUUUCUUGUACCGUCGUCAAGUUUUGUGUUGCAGUACCGUAGCUUUAAAUUGGUGUGCGAUAUGGUUGUGCAGGUUUAUUACUGGUCAUCACUAAGGGCACAAUAACAGUCAGCGGACCAUACACAAGAUAAGCUUGAUUUGUUCUCUAGUUUCCAAGCUGGUUAAUUUGUAUUUACUACGGCCCACGGAGUCGUGGAGGAUCCAAGGGUGUUGUUUUAGUCACUGUGCCUUACUGGGUAUGUUCUAUACUUAUCGGGUUGUCUCCUUGAAUGCAACAUGUUUUGUGGGAAGUAUUUUAAAGAUAAAAAGAUUAAUAUCUUAGUGGAAGACAUUACUUUAAAAAUGCCGUCAUUUUAAGUGUUUUCAAAGGCACACCAGUAGUCUCACAGCAGGCCAAUAACGUUGACAUGAAAUUAAUUGAAAUGUCAUGUGUGCAUUUUCUGCCACGUUAUCAUUUCCUCAAGCGUCCCAGCUCUAAUAAUUAGCACAAGAGUUAAGGCAUCGUCUCAUGAACUGUAUGAUUUGGCAUGGGUGUGAGCCGGAAGUUUGUUUUUAAUUUUGUUUUCAUUCAGUAAGUAUUUAAGUGUUGUAACCUUUGACAGCUUGAAUGUCCUCCUGUAUUUCCUCUUCAUUUAAUAUUGUAAGACCCAGUCCUGUCUACUGAUGUACAAAUGUGUAGAUUACAAACAUGGUUUUCGGUCCUGAUAGACGUGUGUAACUUGUACAUAUAAAGCAUUUUGAAGGGAAA